UUUACGUUAGUGGUCAAUAAGGAAGUGGUUCCUCUGUUAUCCUUCCUUCACCUUUACCUUUCAAAGUAUGUGCAUGUGACGAGUGUCUUAUUAUUAGUUACAACUCGAAAUAGGCCGGAAAUACUCAACAUUACUAUAGUGCUUAGACUUUGCAAUCACAAUUGGAAAGGUGAGGCUUUCAGUGAAAGUGACAGCAGAAGACAGACCCUCAUGCCUGCUGCGGUGGCGGGCGCUGAACUGAUCCGCACGCCGGUGCAGCUGUACCGAUAUCUGCUGCGCUGCUGCAAACUCCUGCCAUCAGCAGCCAUGCGAAAACACUACCAACACGCCAUCAGACAGAGCUACAACAGUCAUGCGGAUGAGGACGAUCCAGAACGGAUUCAGAUGAUCAUUCAAAGAGCUAUAUCCGAUGCUGACUGGAUAUUAACUAAAUACACUAAAAAGAAGUGACCACCAUGGAAAAAUAUUCAGCGUGAAGCUAACUCAGAACUGCAAAGGUCGUGUGCAGAUGUUUGCUUCUCAACACAGCAAAGUGAAACUGAAAUCAGAUUGUAGAUCACCAAACACUGAAUAUAAACUUUUACAAGUAUUACAAUCUGCUAGUUUUUACUUGAUAAGUUUUCAUAUGAGUCUUUAAAAGAAUCCGGUUAUGUUUCUGUAAACCUAAUGUUUAAAAUAAAGACAAUAAAACAAGGCCCACACCCUUAGAUUGGCA